AUGACUGAUAUUAGAAACGAAAACUAUCUUGCGUUCAGUGACAACAACACCGAAUUGAAGACCGUCCAACAUUGGCACAACCACAAUCAAGAAGUACUAAAAGGGGACAUAAUCGGUAGGACCGAUGAAAAUACAGCAAUCACCAAAAACUGCAUAAUCAAAGUAAACCAAGCGUCUUGUAAUGAUUUCAGUGACAGCACUGACCAACUAAAACACCGAGUGAGACAUAUCAACUAUUGGAAGACCGAAUUGGAGAGAGCUAUACGAGAUAUCGAUGCGGAAAUAACAGUUUUAGAAGCACUGAGACAACAGCUUAAGAACGCUAUGGACACUAUAAAAAUACCAGAGUACAUUACAGAGGAGUGUUUAAACCUACGACGUAAUAGAAUGCAAUCGGAUACAAUAUACGACGAACCACAAGAUGCGCUUUUUAACGAAUCAGUCUUGAUUGAAAACGUCAAAAGACUGCAAGCAGAUGCGUUAAGAGAGAUCGAGUACCAAAUGAAAACGAACGUGGCAGCGAAAUGCGCUUUAGAAAAAGAUUGGAGCAAUAAAUGUCUCGCUUUCAAAUACGAGAGCAAGAACGCCGACUUGGAAACCAAAGCAGAUAAUGUUAAACAAUCGGCGGGAGCGACGCGAAUAUCUGAAGGGCAAUCGAAUGUACAAUCUUGGGAACAAUACACUCUGUCUGGACUGCAACAGUUCAAAAAUGCUAUUGAUAAAUCUAAGGAACUUCGUAGUAAAGUGGACGCACUACUGAUAAACACCGCAAGGGAUCUGCGUUCACAAGACAUUAAAGUCAACAAGGCAUUAAGCGACAGAAUCGCUCGUACUGAACAAGUGAAGACCGAAUUAGAGAAUCAGCUACGGUUAACACUGUCGAAGAUAUGCGAGACGGAAAACAUUCUUGAAACGUUGCACGAGGAAAUGCUUAAAGUUUCACAAAGGAUACAAGUUGCGCAAACGAGAUUGAAUACUAAAAGUAUUAGACCUAACGUUGAAAAUUGCAGAGAGGGGUCUUUAGUGGGCCUUAUAGAUGAAGUUAGAGACCUGAAUGAUAGCAUGACCCUAUUACAGAAGCGAUCUUUAGAGACGCAGAAAUUAAGGGCGGAACUCAUACAUGAAAGAUCCAAGUUAGAAAACGAAAUAAUAGUGAAGAAAAAGUCCCUUUACAUUGAUAAUGAGAGGUGUUUGUAUUUGAGAUCUCACUUUCAAUCAGCUGAAAAAUUGUGCGGUUUCUAA